AUGUUUAUCAAGUUGGCUGGUGCAAUCAAGGCACGCGUACUCAACGUGGUCGAUGGUGACACGGUCAAAGUGAUCGUGCUUGACAGGGGCACCUAUUCGACGUACAACAGGGCCAAACUCAGAAUCCGCCUCUCUGGAAUUGAUGCACCUGAAAUUGAUAAGGACAAUCUGAUGGAUUCACAGCCGUAUGCGGUGGAAAGCAAGGUGUUUCUAGAGGCCCUAGUCCUAAACAGGCGAGUUACGAUUGAAAUGGUGAAAGUGGACAAGUACGACAGAAUACUUGGAUUCAUAUUCCUGGAAAACUGGUUUGACGUUGGAAGACGGAUGCUUCUGAGUGGAAUGGCUGACAUCUACGAUGGAAUCGACUCACAGUACGGGGAGUAUGAGGACGUGUACAAGUACGCCGUGGCACAUGCCAAGUUAUUUGAUGUUGGAAUGUGGUCGCAACAGAGAGUGGUACGACCAAGGGAGUUCAAGAGGGAGGUGAAGAAGGCGUUGGAGUACGAGGAAAGCGAUGAGACUGAAAUUGGAUGGGCAAAGAGAAGCUGUGUUGAGGAGACAGGGGAGAUGCUGGCCCUGAAAAUGAACAAGUUGGGAAAGAGGAUUCUUAGGGGUGUUUCUGGUGGGAUUGAAACUGGUGCCCUGAUCUGGAACAUGGAUAGGGCACUUCACGCAUUUAUGACUGGUAGAAUAAGCAGGGUGGAAUUGGAUGAGUUGAGUGAGUUCGUAGGAGGCAGAAGCGUAGAGAACGGGGUGACAGGUGAGCGAACUGAGGAGGAACAAGAGGAAAUUGAGCAGCUGAGGCAGAAGCAGGAGGAACAGGAUGGGGAAGUGGGGAAGAUGGUGGAGGAGCACAACAGGAAAUACGGAAUCAUCAAGGGCCCAACUGUGGUAUUCAAAACAUGCACCAGUUACGACCACUAA